GUCCGGCUUGAGCGUCCUUUCCACAUCGUCCUCCUGUGAUCCUGUCUCUGUCGCUCCAAGAAACUCGUCGCCGCCGGCUGCAUCCCCGCCGCCCUAAACCAGCCCAAGAUCUGACCCCUGCCCAGGCCCUUCUGCUUCCGCUUCCGCUCCCGCUCCAUGGAGGAGGCGGAUAAAGGGGAGCUCUUGGAGAGGGACACCAAGCCUUAACUGGACAGCCAUCCGGGGCCAACGGCCGGCCUGCCCCUGCUCACCGACGACCUCAUCCUGGAGAUCCUCUCCCGCCUCCCCGUCAGAUCCCUCCACCGCUUCAACUGCGUCUCCGUGCCCUGGCGCCACCUCAUCGCCGACCCCGCCAACCGCAAGAAGCUGCCCCAGACCCUCGCUGGCUUCUUCUACAUGACCAUCAACAACAGGCUCGGCCACCACUUCGCCAGUGUCUCCGGCGACGGCGCAGCCCCGUUCAACCUUUCCAUCCCUUACCUGCACAAUAACAUGUACGGCGGCAUCACCCAGUUGGACGCCUGCAAUGGCCUCCUUCUCUACUGUGCCUUCAAGAAGAAGAUGGAGAGUUGGGAUGAUUUCCGUUUUCUAGUGUGCAAUCCCGCCACUGGGAGGUGGGUGGAGCUGCCCCCUCGGCCGCCUGUGCCCGCAAACAGAUAUUGCUGUACCACAGGUCUUGCUUUUGAUCCGGCAGUCUCAUCCCAUUUCUACGUUCUUCACUUUGAGCAGGCCGUUCCGGGAACUUACAUCACAGGAGUGAACAUCUACUCGUGGCAGACAGGAGCCUGGAGUUUCAGGAGUGGUAGGAUGGUUGAGAAAGUGGUGCCGCUCCAUAGUAAAUGUGUCUUCGUCGGCAGUAUGAUGUAUUUGAUUGGCAACCUGAUGGGCUUCAACAACAAGUACGUGCUGAUGGUGGUGGACACGGAGGGGGAAGUGUGGAAGACUAUUCCUGUGCCGUACGGCCGAGGAUCUGCCACGAUUGGAGUGUCGCAGGGGUGCUUACACUAUGUUGUAGCUUCAACGGUUUCAGUCAAUGAUAGUAAUGAAAUCCUAGGUUCUGGGAUAACACUUUGGUGCCUCAAGGAUCGUGACAGUAAAGAAUUGCUUCUGGAGCGUUCUGCCAACAUCAAUGAGCUUAUGGGCAUGAUUGGGGAGAAGUACAGGGUGGCUGCGAUUCAUCCAGAUUGCGACACCGUUUUCUUGAUGUCAUCUGGAGGUGAUACCUUGGUAGCGUAUGAUAUGCAACAUCAGAAACUUCAUUGUAUCCUUAAUCUUGAGAAAGGCAUUACAAAACCGAAACGGUUUCUACCCUAUGUUCCUCUGUUCUCAGAGUCAUUACCAGAUGCAGAUGGGCAGUAGCUUUACCUUCAAACCACCCCUGUGGUUCCUCCCAAGAACCGCCUCUUCUUUCGGCUGAACAAUUUGUCUGUGUACUUUGGAAUCUGCUUCAAUCAUGAUGCUCAAUUUGCUACUGCUUACACUCCUGCUGGCUUGAUUUCCAGUUCAGAGCAAUGCCUGGCAAACUACAGAUGGAGCAUAACGCCAUUUCCAAAGAACAAUGUUACUCUUGGUCUGUUUUGCCUAGCACUGGUUGUUGUUCUGGGCAUGUGUUAGUUCCAUGUGGCUAAAUUCUACUGUAAUUGCUCUUCCUUUCUAUAACAAUCAGUUUGUUAUGGUUAUCCUAAAUCUUGUUGUAGAUUGUGAACCUGCUAGUGCUGUGAAAGGGUCAAUCAGACUGGUUACUGUUGAAAAUGUCUAGUUGACAUUAUUCAUUCAGUAUUUUCAUAAAA